UAGCGAAGCCUUUUCCUUCCUCACCAGGUUCACUGACUCUACUGAAAUGGGAAGGAGGCGUGUUUUGCUGAUCUGUUAAAUUCUUAGUGAAGUUUUCGUGAUUUCCAGUGGCUGCUGUUGUUUGAGUUUGGUUUGGAGCAAACCUAAGGUAGCCGUGACAUUUCUGGGAUGGAAUCCAGAUGAGGAAGAAGACAUAGAAAGAGAAGGAAAAAGAAGAGAAAAAAGGUGGGGAGAAAUAAAGGGAGGAGAGACCGAAGGGAAAGGGAGAAAUUGUCUCUUUUUUUCACAUUCACAUUCCUCUGUUUUCCCUCAGCCUGGAAAACAUAUUAAUCCCAGUGCUUUUACGCCCGGAAACAAAGGGACUCAGCCAGACUUCAGGGAAAGGGUGAUAAGAAAGAUCUUGGAACUCCUCAGAGGGGAAGAUUCAGAAAUCUCUAGGAAUUCAUUUUAAGGAAAAUCCCUGUGGCAGCAAAGGACCAACACACACAGACACGGGAGAAACUGCAGACAAAUGGAGAUACGAACAGUCCCAAGGACAGCAACUUUCACCUCAUCCCACUGGACCAGAAGGUAAAAAGACGCAGCCAGAAAGAAAAGAAAUCAGCUCAGGCUGGGCUCCCUGGAGCUGCUUCACAAACACGAGCUGCAGCACAGCCCUUUUGUAUUGCUCACCCUCCACAAGGAGACAGAGGGCUGGAAGGAGCCGACUUCAUCUAGGAAACUGUCCUCGGGACCAGCCUCCAAGUUUCCUUGGAAAGCCUCUGCACUCCAUCUCCAUGAACCACAAUUGGAUAACACAAUGAUGUGGAAAAUGGGACCCCGUUUCACCAUGCUGUUUGUCAUGUGGCUGGUGUGUGGCUCAGAAUCUCAUUCCCCUGCCUUGGAUAGCGACAGCCACACAGGGCGGAAAGUACCUCUGGCUUCUCCAAUCAGCAGUAGGUCAGCUCGGUAUCUGAGGCAUGCUGGGCAGUCUCGUGGAACGGAGAAAUCAGCUCAGGAAGAACCAAAUCCUCAGCCUCUACAGAGGAGGAAGCGCAUACCUGUGUUGAGAUUAGCAUCCCCGACAGCGAGGCCAGCCUCCUCAGGUAUCAAUGGAGUCCCAGUCAGACCUGAGUCCAGACUGAUAGCUAGGAGUUCUCCGCGUGAGAUGGUCCGAGAUGAGGGGUCCUCGGCUCGGUCAAGAAUGUUGCGUUUCCCCUCUGGGUCCGGCUCUCCCAAUAUCCUGGCCAGCUUUGCAGGAAAGAACAGGGUGUGGGUCAUCUCAGCCCCGCAUGCCUCAGAAGGCUACUACCGCCUCAUGAUGAGCCUCCUGAAGGACGAUGUGUAUUGUGAGCUGGCCGAAAGGCACAUCCAACAGAUCGUGCUGUUCCACCAGGCAGGAGAGGAAGGGGGCAAGGUACGGAGGAUCACCAGUGAGGGCCAGAUCCUGGAGCAGCCUCUGGACCCCAGUCUCAUCCCAAAGCUGAUGAGCUUCCUGAAAUUGGAGAAGGGCAAGUUUAGUAUGGUGCUGUUAAAGAAGACUCUGCAGGUGGAAGAGCGCUAUCCUUACCCAGUCAGGCUGGAAGCCAUGUAUGAGGUCAUUGACCAGGGCCCCAUCCGCAGGAUCGAGAAGAUCAGGCAGAAGGGUUUUGUCCAAAAGUGUAAGGCCUCGGGCUUAGAGGGUCAUGUGGUCCAGGAAGGGAACAAUGGCGGCGGAGGAGCAGGGAGCACAGGCCUGGGCAGUGAGAAGAGGAAGGAGGACGCAAGGAGAGCACAAGUCCACCCCACCAGAGAGCCUCAGAGAAAGCUGGCCACCACCAAGGCAGCCACUCCCCAGCCUCCCCCAACUGCGAGACCCACCACCCUUCCUCCUGCUCCAGUCACGACAGCCACUCGGGCCACCUCCCGGGUGGUGACAGUAGCUGCAAGAUCAACAACCACGACGGCCUAUCCUACCCAGAGGCCCUGGACAUCCCGGCUGAAUCCCUUCUCAGUCUCCCACAGACCUUCUGCAACAGCGGAGGUGACCACUGCCAGGGGCCCGUCGGCCUCAGAGCAUCUCUACCCUCGGAAGGAGCAACAGAGAGAGAAGCCACAGGCCACUAGGAGGCCCAGCAAAGCCACCAACUAUGGGAGUAUCACCACCAUGCCACCUACCACCCUCUGGGAGGCUAGCACAAGAGCUGUGGGCACCAGCCGUUUCCGCGACAACCGGACAGACAGACGAGAACAUGGCCCUCAGGACCCAAAUGUGGUGCCAGGUCCUCACAAGCCAGCCAAGGGGAAGCUGCCCAAAAAGAAGGACAAAAUUCUCAGCAAUGAGUAUGAAGCUAAGUACGACCUCGGCCGGCCCACCACCUCUCUCGGGGAGGAGGAGCUGCAGGUGGAAAACAUUCCCUCCCAGAAUGCCAAGGAGUCGAAAAAGCAUGAAAAGCUCGAGAAACCUGAGAAGGAGAAGAAAAAAAAAGGAAAGAGUGUGAAACCAGACAAGCUACUUAAGAGUGAAAAGCAGAUGAAGAAAGCUGAGAAAAAGAGCAAGCAGGAGAAAGAAAAGAAUAAGAAGAAAAAGGGCAAGACAGAGCAGGAUGGCCAUCAGAAACCCACGGCCAAGCAUCUCACUCCAAGCCCCAAGAAGUCAGUGACAGACCUGCUGGGAUCUUUCGAAGGCAAACGAAGACUCCUCCUGAUCACCACGCCCAAGGCUGAGAACAGCAUGUACGUGCAGCAGCGGGAUGAGUAUCUGGAGAGCUUCUGCAAGAUGGCCACCAGGAGGAUCUCUGUAGUCACCAUCUUUGGUCCUGUCAACAACAGCACCAUGAAAAUUGACCACUUCCAGCUAGAUAAUGAGAAACCCAUGCGUGUGGUGGAUGAUGAGGACUUGGUAGACCAACAUCUCAUUGGCGAGCUGAGGAAAGAAUAUGGAAUGACCUAUAAUGACUUCUUCAUGGUGCUAACAGAUGUGGAUUUAAGAGUCAAGCAAUACUACGAAGUGCCAAUAGCAAUGAAAUCGGUGUUUGAUCUGAUUGAUACUUUCCAAUCCCGAAUCAAAGACAUGGAGAAGCAGAAGAAGGAGGGCAUUUCAUGCAAGGAGGACAAGAAGCAGUCCCUGGAGAAUUUUCUAUCCAGGUUCCGAUGGAGGAGGAGGUUGCUAGUGAUCUCUGCCCCUAAUGAUGAAGACUGGGCCUACUCACAACAGCUCUCUGCCCUUAGCGGUCAGGCAUGCAACUUUGGUCUGCGUCAUAUUACCAUUCUGAAGCUUCUGGGUGUUGGAGAGGAAGUUGGAGGAGUUUUAGAACUGUUCCCUAUUAAUGGGAGCUCCACAGUUGAGAGGGAAGAUGUACCAGCCCACUUGGUCAAAGACAUUCGCAACUAUUUUCAAGUGAGCCCAGAGUACUUCUCCAUGCUUCUAGUUGGAAAAGAUGGAAAUGUUAAAUCUUGGUAUCCUUCUCCUAUGUGGUCGAUGGUCAUCGUGUAUGACUUAAUUGAUUCCAUGCAACUUCGGAGACAGGAAAUGGCCAUUCAGCAGUCACUGGGGAUGCGCUGCCCAGAAGAUGAGUAUGCAGGAUAUGGCUACCAUAGUUACCACCAAGGAUACCAGGAUGGCUACCAGGAUGACUACCGUCAUCAUGAAAGUUACCACCAUGGCUACCCUUACUGAACAGAAAUAUGUAACCCUAUUCCCUUCCAGUUUCCCCUUCAUCUGCCAAAGCUGUGUGUGGCUAGCUACAUAAGGAAACUCCUCCAUACUUUGCACUCCCUGCCUUUUUCUUCCAGUGUUCUUCCAAGAUUAAAGAACUAGUAAGCUUUCCCUUAUUCAUGAGUUGUUAUUAAGACAUUUAAAAGAACUCUCUAACUUGAGAGAGAAAAAUCUGGUGCUAAAUAAUUUGUACUAAAAAAAAAAGGCAGUAUCUCUCUUUUUUAUAAAAUAAGUAUUAUUUGAUAUGAAAAUGUCUAUAAAGUGUUUACACAUAUUUUCCUCAUUUUAAUAUGACUUUGUAACUGAAAACUAUGUUAAAGAAAAUUAAAAAUCAUAGUACAAAUGUUUUCAUGAAAUGUCUGGAUAGACACAGAAGACAACAAAUGGCUUAUUUUUUUUUUUUUUUUGAGACAGGGACUGUCUGUAUAGCUCUGACUGAUCUAGAACUCAUAUGUAGAUCAGGUUGGUCUUAAUCUCACAAGAUCGACCCACUUCUUCCGCCCGAAUGCUGGGAUUAAAGGAAUGAGUAACCAUGUCUGGCUACAGAUGGCUUUUUAACACAUGAAAUGUCAGCCUAAAAAUAUUUACAACAGUUCUAUGCCACAUGAGGCUCUUUUAUCAAACCCGGUGACCCCUGAAUAGUGAUAUUGGUCAUCAACAAUAAACCAAUGUUGUUAUAAAAAGGCAA